CUCUUAAAUGGCGCUCCUAAAUCUAUUUUUACCCUCCGUCCGACCAUUUGUCCGUUUGUCCGCGAGUGUGUCUCCCGUGUCCGUCCGUUCGUCCGUCAAAUUGUCAGUCCGUCCGGAUUCGUUUGUGUCCACCUCUGUCUAGCCGUCAGUUUGGGGUGCGCUUUCAGUUUUAGCAUUUACUUCUAGCAUAGCUGGCAUUUUUGUAGCAAUUCGUGUCUAUAUGGUUUGUUUCCACCUCAUGCCUCUCCGACUUUCUCAUUCUAUAUUCUAUUCGAUGCUCUCUUUGUUAUGGGUCCCCGGGUCCGUAAAUGCCGCGUGCUCAUCACUCGCAGACACUUUAGAAUGCAGCCAGUAUCUUUCAGAUGCGAAAGAUGGACGGAGAUCUUAAGUGGCGUAAAAGCGAAAAACCGGAGUACGGCUGAUUCGGAAAGAUCGAAUACAAUCCAACUAUCUUCAUGCGAAUACGUGGAGUAUUGGCCAUGUAUCUGAUGUUCCUCCGCCUGCUCCUCCACUGCACCACCGGUCACACAUUGCCUCAGCGACACUGCCCCCAGCACAAGCGAAUGAUCGAUCCCCGUGAGCUCUUAAACGAUUUUGCUGCAAUCAAGGAACCAGGAACCAGCGAAGUUGCUCCCAAGAAUUCUGGUAGAUCAGUUACUUUCUACGAAGCUGGAGGAGCGAUGCCAGGAUCAGGAGGAACGGCACCGGGACCUGGAACAGAUCAUUCCAAGUCGGCCUCCAAAGAGCAAUGCGAUCCGCAGGCAAAGUGCAAUGUAAAGACGAUCAUAACCCCCGGAGAUCCCAAGCAGAAAUCCUCAAUGAUCGCCAUGAAAGCUGCACAGGAUGCGAAGGCGGCCAGUGAAGCACAAUCGGCCGCUGGCCAGGCUGCUGCCCAGCACAUUAAGAUGGAACUCGCUGAGAAGGCCUUUCAAUCGGCCAAGGCGGCCGAGGCUGCUCUGAUGGGCAAGCAGAUGAUGGUCGAUCAACUGGAGCAGGAGGUCCAGGAAGCCAGUGCCGUGGUCGAGGAGGAGUCCAAUUUGAUCCACCACACGGAAGCCAAUAUGAAUGCUGCCGUAGAAGCUGUCAAAGUGGCCGUGCAGCAAUUCGAAACCAUCAACGAGCUGCAGAAGACAGCCAAGGAGUCACUGACCAAUAUCCAGACGGUGGCCAUGGGAUCGCAGCAGGAAAUGGCCGCCAAGACACAGCUCCUGGAAGCCGCUCGCAACCGGAUGGCCAUGCUCCAGAAGCAACUGGUGAGUGCCCACGACGACUAUGAGAAGACCAAGCAGGCCGCCUACAAGGCUGCCUGUGCCGCCGUGGAAGCCAAACAGAGGGCUGGACCACCUUACUAUAUUUUUUAAAUAAAUACACCUUGGGGUAGCUUUUAUAUGCAAUUAAUCCAACUAAGGUCAAUGAAAAUGUAUGUCUAUUAAACUUUAGAAACAUU